AUGAUGCCGGUGAUUCUUGUACCUGCCUCGACCACCAAUAUUGUGACCACCCUUGCUGGUGACCACUUCGAGCCUGACCUGCACGCUUACACCACAUUAUGCGGAUACUACAUCUCCGAUGCGCCUUUCGCCUGCGUACGCGGCCAAGACCCCUACACCAGCCUCAUGACAGACACCUCCUACGACUGCUGCGUAGCCUGA